AUGAACUCCUACUCCUACUCCUACGACAUCGACACGAUGCUCACACAGAACAACUACCCCUCGAGGCAUCACCAACCUCGCCACCACCAGUACUACACACAACCACAACAACAACAACAGCAGCAACAGCAGCAGCAACGACAACACCUCGACUUCGACCUCGACCCGAGUACAACGUCGCUCUCGGCACUCGACAACAUACCCGCCGCCGCCGCCGCCAUCGCCGCCUCGCAACGUUACAGGGCUCCGACGCACUCGCAGACACAGCCUGCUGAGCGUGGAUCCAGCCAGAGCCAGAGCCAGAGUCUGAGCCAGGUGCCGGAUUUGAUGCCUUCAGACACGUGGAUGCUCCACAGCAGCCAACAGACCCAACAGACACCGAGAGGCCGCCGCUAUGGUCACCAGCGGGAAUCGUCGCUGUCGUCGCUAGGGUCCAACGGGCCGGCGUCGCCAUACAAUACCAACACGUCGAAUCCGCAGAUAGCAGUCACCGACUCCGGUGGUGAGGUCUUCCACGACAUGGGCGGCGCUGGUGGCGGUACCAACUACUCGUAUGGCCUGGGUAAGCCCCUGCCAAUGGCCGACAACUUCUACGCCAGCGCCAUGGCCAACUUUGAUGCCAGCAACGGUCUGACAGGACACGAGGCGGCAACGUCGUCGAACAUGCGACUGGCUGAUGGCCUUCCCAGCCCAUCAGCGCAUCAGCAGAGGCGAAGAGGCUUAGCACCGGCUGCCGAGUUAUCCCUGGCCGGUUCGUCGACGACGUCACGCCCUGUGUCGGUGGCGAGUUCUACCGCUGGCGGUGACUCACCGGUCACGCCGCCCUACAACGAGCCCGAAGACGACGGUAGAAGGUCAAAGAAUGGUGAGGCUUCUCUGCUCUAUCAACAUCCUGACUCUUACUUACGCGCGUGGUGCGAUGCAGCCUUCGCCAGCAACAACAACGUCCCACCCAAGCUAGACCGCACCAUGACGGACGUCUACAACGACGAGCUUUACAACCCAAACUUCACCAUCACGUCGGCGUCGCCACCGCCGCAGACACGCAUGGUCAUGUCGCCUAGCAAUGAGAUCUUCGCCGAGAGGUUGCAGGCGGCCAACAGCCAGCACCUGAGUGCCGCACAGUCUCCGGUGUCGAUGACUUCACGAGAUCGGUCGCCUUUCCGUCAGGACUCACCGUACGCGUCAGCGCUGGAUGACUUCCCGAAGGUGGGGAUGAACCAGGUCCGCUUGGGAUCAGCACAGCACAUGCGGGAGAAGAGAAAGGCCGAACAGGAUGCGAGUGAACUGCAGAGGCAGAUGGCGCGAAACGCGCAGCAGCACCAGCAGCAGGCAACGCCCAGCACCAUCUCACCCAAGGACGCGUUGAUCGACUUCAACGAGACGGACAGCAACAGCAACUUUCCCUUGUUCCCGCCCCAGGAGACUGCGGACACGUACGGCAUGGUGGAGCAGGCAGAUGGCAGCAGCAACAAUGAAAAUAUUAAAAGGGCACCAUCGCAACAGCCGAGUCCCUCGUUUCAAUCAAUGGCGAGUAACUUCAACUUUUCGAUGCCGGCCAACGUGCAGGUGCCGCAGCAGUACCCUUUCAUCACGCGGCGGCAGCAACAUCAGUCGCCGGCGUCGGCGUCCAACCUGUCCAACCUGUCGCGGAUGAGCUCGGGCGAGGCCAGCGCGUCGGACUGCGCCAACGCAUCUUCACAAAAGCCUGGCAGGACAGCGGCCGACGGUGGCACGUACACUUGCACGUACCACGGCUGCACUCGACGGUUCGAAACUCCGGCGCUGCUCCAGAAGCACAAGCGUGAGGGGCACCGGCAGGCCAACGCGCUCAACCACAUCAGAGCGUUGUCGGCGGUGUCCCCGACGACGCCGACGAUGACAGCGGAUGGCAGCGUGCUCAACAGCCAGGCAGGACCGCACCGGUGCGACCGCAUCAACCCGAGCACGGGCAAGCCCUGCGGCCAGGUGUUCUCGCGGCCGUACGAUCUCACACGUCACGAGGAUACGAUACACAACGCGCGCAAGCAAAAGGUGCGCUGCGACCUCUGCACGGAAGAGAAGUCGUUCAGCCGGGCCGACGCACUCACGCGCCACUACCGGGUCUGCCACCCGGACGUUGAGUUUCCCGGCAAGCACCGACGGAGAGGCGUGGCAGCUUAG